AUGUCCCUUAUUGUUGCACCCUUUGCCAAAGAAUGUGUAUACUACAGGCUUCUAAGCGACCACGAUUCUCUUCUUGUCAACUUCCAGGUCUUGAGUGGAGGUGAUUUCGAGAUCGACUUUGAUAUCACUGCUCCCGACGGCUCGAAAGUCAUUCAAACCAAGGACAAACGAUAUGCCGAUUACUUGUUAAGAUCCUUUGGAAUAGGCGAAUACUCCUUUUGUUUUGUCAACUCAUUUUCACCGAAUUCCAUUACAAACUCCAAAAAAAUCGAAUUUUCAAUCGAAUUAGAAAGAGACGUAGACUACUUCAAAAAACAAAAUGAAAUCAACAGCGUCAAAAAUGAAGAACUACUAUCAUAUAACGCAUUGGACGAAAUCGACAGAAAUUACGCCAAAGCAAAAAAGCUCAUGGACUACCUAAGAGCAAGGGAAUGGAGAAACAUGAGUACUGUCAAAUCAACCGAACUAAGAGUCUAUUAUCUAGGGAUGUUCAGUGCUAUAUUGAUGGUGGCUCUUGGUGUUGGUCAAGCUACCAUAGUGCAGUUGAUGUUCUCUGGUCCAAGAUCCAUUGUAUAA